AUGAGGCUUUUCAAUAGUAGUAAUUUCCAUCCGUUGCUGCUUUCUGGUUUCCCUGGUUUUGAAAAUCAUCAUCUUCAGAUCUCCGUCCUUUUCUGUGUCUUAUAUCUAAUUGCCAUUAUGGGUAAUGGCACCAUAUUGGUAGUAAUCUGGGUGGAAAAAUCACUUCAUGAACCGAUGUACCUUUUUCUUUCCAUGUUGUCGGUCAGUGACCUUGGUCUCUGUGCCACCACCUUCCCUACGGUACUGAAACUUUUCUGUUUUGGUGCUCGUGAAAUACACUUCGAUGCUUGCCUUGCCCAAAUGUACUUCAUCCACAUCUUCUCUAUGAUGGAGUCAGGGAUCCUGCUGUCUAUGGCUUUUGACCGCUAUGUGGCCAUAUCCAACCCUCUCAGAUACACUGCCAUCCUAAACAGUGGUACUGUAGUGAAAAUUUCAUCAGGGUUUGUGUUGCGGGCCAUCAUUGUUCUCAUCCCUGCUCCAGUCCUCAUAAAGCAACUCAAAUUCUGUGGAGCCAAUGUACUUUCCCACUCCUACUGUCUGCAUCCAGACAUUAUUAAGCUUUCUUGCUCUGACCACCGAAUUAACAGCUUCUUAGGUCUCACUGUCAUUAUCAUCACAUUUGGCCUUGAUUCUGUGCUCAUCCUGCUCUCCUAUAUGAAAAUCCUCACUAUGGUUCUGAGUAUUGCCUACCAGAAAGAACGUGUCAAGGCCCUCAACACCUGUGUUUCCCAUGUCUGUGCUGUGCUGCUCGUCUACAUCCCCAUGCUGGGAGUGUCUGUCAUUCAUCGCUUUGGGAAGCACGCUCCACCUGCGGUUCACGUCACCAUGGGCUUUGUCUAUCUGUUGGUCCCUCCUGUGCUCAACCCAAUUGUCUACUGCAUCAAGACUCGUGAGAUUCGCACGCACCUUUUGGGUAUUUUCAAAAAAUAUGUAUUAGUAUUUAAAUAUUUUUAG